CAUUUUCGCCGUGUCAGUUAAUGCACCGGGAGAGACUCAGAACUUGUUCUUCCACUAAAAGACUGCAGAUCAGCUGUUUGAAUCUGUUGUGCUUUCUGAGGAAGAUACAGUGGUGUCAUCAAUUUUACAUUCACAGAUGGCUGCACUGCGCAAAGAUGGGAGCAGACAUGACAAUGGAUUUGUAUUGAUAGCCUCUGAUCAAUAAGGACAAAAUCAGAGGGGUGACAUUUUAAGGGACUUAAAGCCAGGCCUGUGAGAGAGUAGACAUGACUAGAAAUUAACUUCAUGGCAUCUUCACAGUCUGUUACCCCUCCUGAAAAAGAGUCCAUGGUCACUGGUGUGACUCAGAAGCCCCAGGAGGAGGAAGAGGAGGAUGAAGAUGAUGAGGAAACUGGUGAGAAGUUUGAGUUUGAUGACAGUGAAGACGAGAAGAAUGCAGUGGAGGAUAAAGAGUCAGGAACUCCUCAUGUGGAAGCUGAGCUUUCAGGCAGCUCUGAUGUAAAUGCACUUUAUUGUCAAUCUAUGAAGCAUGUCACGCACAGUAAUCAGCCAGCAGUCAACGGAGGGACCCCUGCUGGUCUGGAGGAACAGAAUAUGCCCACACAUCCACACACACACCAAGACAUGGUAGCCAGACAGUCUCCUGAUGGGAGUUCUGUUUCAACCGAGCCUCGAGCAGCCGAAGAACAAACCAGCAUUUUGAAAAGAAAUAUCAUUUAUGAAGGAAAAAACGUUCCUGAAUCAAACGGAGAUUCACCCCCAGAGCAAGCGAAGGUGAACUCAACUGUUCCUGUUCGCUCGGAGGUCGUUUAUGAUGAUGUGCCCUGUGAAAACAUUACACCUCCGGAUGUAGGGGAUGACGUGAUCUAUGAGGAGGUGCAGAGAUCCGGUGAAUCUGGAUUGAUAGACAACGGCUGGGGCUCCAGUGAGUUUGAGAGUUACGAUGAGCAGUCAGAUAAUGAGACCAAGCAGCCCACCCGCAAUAAGAUUUCCCCAGAUGUACGACGUCUGAAGCAACGCUGUGUCCAGACCAGGCGUGAGCUAGCCAUGCGGUUAGGGGCAAGAGAUGUGGGCCAGCUCAAACAAAACUAUGACAUUAAGGUUCAGCAGCUCAUGAAAGCAGCGAGAAAUGGCACAAAAGAUGGACUGGAAAAGACCAAAAUAGCCAUGAUGCGAAAAGUGUCCUUCCUGAGUAAAAAAGAGUGCACAGAUGACACAGAGGAUGAUACUGGAUAUCUGGACGUGACUGUAUCUGAACUCAAACAUCCGCCACCUCAGCUUUCUCCAAUGCCAGAAGGGCUCAGUAGCCAACAGGUCGUCAGGCGUCAUAUUCUUGGCUCAAUCCUCCAGAGUGAAAGAAGCUACUUAGACUCUCUCAAGAGGAUCCUGCUGGAGUAUAAGAAGCCUUUGAUGGAGGCGGAGCCCCGGAUCCUGAGCCUGAAAAAGAUCCAGCCUAUUUUUUACAGGCUGAAGGAGAUCCUGCAGUGUCACUCCAUGUUUCAGAUUGCUCUGGCGUCCCGUGUAGCAGAAUGGGAUAACACUGAGAAGAUUGGAGACCUUUUUGUCGCUUCAUUUUCCAAGUCAAUGGUGCUAGACGUCUACAGUGACUAUGUCAACAAUUUCACCAAUGCUAUGGCCCUUAUCAAGAAAGCUUGUAUGUCCAAGCCAGCGUUCCUGGAGUUUCUCAAGAAGAAGCAGGCCACCAGUAUAGACAGAAUCACUCUUUAUGGCUUGAUGGUCAAACCAAUCCAGCGCUUUCCUCAGUUCAUUCUCCUUCUGCAGGACAUGUUGAAAAACACCCCUGUGGGGCAUCAGGACCGGCUGCCACUGCAGCUGGCGCUCACUGAGCUGGAGACUCUGGCAGAGAAGCUGAAUGAGCAGAAACGUCUGGCCGAGCAGCUCGCCGAGAUCCAACAGCUCGCUCGCAGCAUCAGCGACCGCAGCCUCAGUAAGCAACUAAAUUCGGAUCAGAAGCAGUUAAUUCUUUCUGAGACGUUGAUUGAGACUGUCUAUGGCGAGAAGGGUCAAGUCCUCAAGUCUAAGGAGCGCAAAGUCUUUCUUCUGAAUGACAUGCUCAUUUGUGCAAACAUUAAUGUAAAGGGACCUCCGGAUAUCAGCAGCCUUGUCCCUAUUGGCCCCAAGUAUGCGGUUAAGUGGACUGCCCCCCUGCUGCAGGUGCAAGUGGUGGAGGUGGGCCAGGAGACGCCGCAGCGCAAAGAAAGCAUUCUCCAGCAGACCAGUAACAGGCGUCUGAGCUCCAGCAACCCCCAAGGAAAGCUGUUCCUGGGACCACCUCGGCUGUACCAGGAACUGCAGGAGUUACAGCAUGAUCUCACUGUGGUGGAGGAAGUCACGUUGUUAGUUGGCACCCUGCAGGGAUCAUACCAGAAUCUCAACACGACGGUGGGACAGGACUGGUGCAUGGCUCUUCAGAGGCUCAUCCGCAUCAAAGAGGACGAGAUCCAGUGUGCCAACAAGUGCCGUCUGCGGCUGAUGGUUCCUGGCAAGCCUGACAAGUCUGGCCGUCCAGUCAGUUUCACAGUGGUCUUCAGUACGCCCAGUCCAAUUAGCAAAAUCUCCUGGGUUAAUCGUCUGCAUCUGGCCAAAAUCGCCCUGAGAGAGGAGAACUUGCCUGGCUGGGUGUGUGUUGAGGAUGAUGAAAAGACUAAGCCUCCAUUCUGGUGCCCGUUACUGGCCUGCCGGGUGCCUGUGUUUACCCCAAAAGUGCAAGAUCUGAAGUUGCAGGCUGCCCUGUAUAACCCGGUCCACUGUGCUCUUCUGGGUUUUUCUGCUGCCAGUACAUCCUUGCCUCAAGGCUACCUCUGGGUGGCUAGUAGGGGUGACGACUCUCAUGGGCAGGUGGAGAUUUUCUCCCUCAACAGGCCCACUCCACGCUCCGUCAAGAGUUUCUCUCUCAGUUCCCAGGUGCUUUGUCUGGAGUAUAUCACAGAGCCCAGCACCGAGGAAGAACAGGAAACUCAGGCCUCUGAAGUUCCUUCCAAGAUCGGCAACACCAUCUGUGUAGGAUUAUUGGAUGGCAACAUCAUGGUUUAUGGGAGUGUGGACACCGCUGCUCAGUGUUUGCUAACGUUCUGUAACCCCGAGCGCUGCCACGUUCUCUGUCUGAAACACUCGGGCAACUUUCUCUUUGCUGGUCUGAGUAAUGGAAAAGUUGCAGUUUACAACAGAAAAAGUGGAGAAGGCCUGUGGGAUCCAGAUUCCUGCAGACAUGUAGUUAUUGGAUACGCGCCCAUCCUCAAGCUGCUCCGAAUCGACCAGUGUGUGUGGGCCAGCUGUGCCAACCAGGUGUCUGUGAUUGAGGGCUCCUCUCUCAGGACUCAGAGUUUUGAAGUUCAUCCAGACCCUAUGGUUAGUGUGACCCACAUGGUGCGCGCUGGAGGAGGGGUGUGGAUGGCAUUUUCAGAGGGAUCAUCCCUACGUCUGUUUCACACUGAAACACUGGAACACCUCCAGGAGAUCAACAUUUCAACACCCUCUGCAUAUUUCAGCUCUGCUCAAAAGCCCAGCCUGUGUGUGAGCAGCCUCCUCAUCUGCCAGGGUCUACUCUGGGUGGGUACAGCUCAGGGCAUUAUCGUCACCUUGCCAGUACCCAGACUGGAGGGCAUCCCAAAAAUAACAGGAAAAGGAAUGACCUCACUCAACGCUCACAAUGGCCCUGUCGAAUUCCUAUUGGCCACUUCCAGCAUUUUACCCCAAGAUUUCCUCAAGCGUGACUCCGCUACAGACAAUGUGGAUUCAAAUAGCGGAGGUGAUGAAAAGGAGGCGACGAAUUCCUCUGAGGAGUCGCUCCAGCAGGCGGACGCCACUUCUCAAGGAGAAGCCAAAAGCAAAGGCGUCCUUCUGCAAUACCACCUUCGCUCUACCUCCAGACUCCCAGGAAAAGUCCUGACGGCGCGGCCUGAAGAAACACCAGAUUUAGCCCAGGACACUCUGGAGCACAGCCUGGAGGACGGCUCGAUCUAUGAGCUGAGCGAUGACCCUGAGGUUUGGGUCCGAGGGCCCGGGACAACAUCUAAGGAAGCUGGACGUCGGGAAAAGGUGACCUCGGCUGCGGUUAUAUCCGGUGGAAAAGGAUUCCGUCGACUGGCUAAUUCUUCACACUCGGCGGAGUCCAGUGAAAAUACGCUGAUGGUCUGGCAGCUGCCCAUUACAGUUUGAGGGAGGAGUGUGUGAAGGAUUGCUGGAUCACUGAAGGACAAACACACACUCUAAGCCUGUAUUUGUGUGGCUUAUGUGGAUUAUUCAUUCCACUUUCUCCUCCAGAAGGUUUUGAAGGAAUAUUCCCCCGGAUCAGUGAACGUUAAGCUAUGGCUGUGGUAUAAUGUCGAUUUUCCACAAAAAUUCUAUUAUUUUAUUCUCAGAAAUACUGGCUAUAGUGAGGCCUUUAUAAUGGAAGUGAAUGGAGCCAAUCUGGAAUCAGCACUCCUAAAGCUUGCAUACCUCUCGGAGGCAAAGAACCUCUGCGAAGUGCAGUUAAAAUCCUUUAACGCAUGGCAAGCUGUUGAUUAUCCUGCUUAUUCCUUGGUCAUUUGCUAAGUUGUAGACAAGUUAAAAUGAGUUUUUGUCUUUGCAGUGCAAUAUUUAAGUGCUACUGAUAAUGCGACAACAUAUACAGUAUACAAUGUUGAAGGUUAAAGUAUUAGCCUUCCUGUGAAUUUAUUUUAUUCUUUUUCAGAUAUUUACAUAUUAUAUUUUUUUCUGGAGAAAUUAUUAUUUCUUUUAGUUUGGCUGAAAUUUUUUUUUUACUUUUAAAAUAAUUUUUAGGUCAAUAUUGUAAGCCUUGUUAAGA